UCAACUUCCGGUUGACAACGGCGUAAACUUGACAACGCUUGUGAAGAGAGAGUGACACAGAAACAUCUUGGAAUUGUUGUUGUUCUCAAAGAAAGAAGAUGUACAAAUUAGAUUUACCUGUAGAUUAUAAAGAAGCCGCGGCUAUUGAGCGCCGCCGGCGGAUGGAGGAGGAGAGAAAAUCGAGAAUUUUCAAUGCAAAAUGUAGAACAAUCGGGGUUGACAUGCAAGCUUUAGGACAGCAGGUCACAGACAAGAAGCAGCAAGAAGAUUAUGAAAGGAAAAGGGAAUUAGCAUUUGCAAAUGAUGCUGUCAGAAAUGAUAAAAUAUCACAGCUGAUAGAAAAACGUCAAGAAGCAGAUAUGAGAGAAUUAAACAGAGCAAUGAAUGAAUUCCGUAUGAUGCACCAACAGCCAGAUAGUCGAAGGGAAUUUGAUUUGUACGACCCUGAUUACCUCAAAAAGGACAAACCAGCCAGGGUCAGUGAUGACGAUCCAAGAUGUGGAGUGUCAAGUUUACAGAAAUUUGAAGGUGAAGACCUCAACAGCAAGGCCAGAAGGAAGUACCAACAGGAACAGCUGAGAGAGUGGUCCACGGAGCAGAAGGAGGAGAGAGACCAGGCCGAGAGGAACCAGAAAACGGCCGACCGGCUGUACGAGCUAAAGAUGAAGGAACUAGAUCAAAGGGCCAUGGAACUAGCCAAUGCUGAGGAGGACUGCAGGAGGGCAAUCAACAUGGCCACAAAAGAUUACAACAAUGCACUGGCUAGAGAGAGAGAUGAGAGGGAGCGAUUAAAGAAACAACAGGAGCUGGAUGAUAACAUGACAGAGAUUGCCAAUCACGUGUUUGGAGAUGUCCUGACAGAGAACCCCGCCGUGGCUCAGAGUGCUUUUGGACCUCACAGGGUCAUUCCAGACCGCUGGAAGGGCAUGACCCCUGCCCAGAUCGAAGAUGUCAGACGGCAGCAGGAACUUCAGAGACAAGAAAAAGAGAGGGCAGACCAGGAGGAGAAACUAAGGCAAGCAGAAUGGGAACGUCAGCAGAACGCGAACGCCAGGGCCGGGCUCCUUCUGGAGCGUGAGAUGGAGCGUAAACGUCGUGAGCUGGAGAGACAACAAGCCGAAGAAAACCGUCGCCUGGCCAAGGAACAGAAAGGACACUUAGAAUUCCUGGACAAAGAAGUCUAUACAAAUCCCCCCACUGCAUCUUACUUUAUGCAAUUCAACACCAGCACUCGAUAAAAGUGUGACUUUAUUAUGGAAUGGGGAAAUGGGUGGGGCCUUGUUUUUUUUUUUAUGGAAUCCAGUUGUUGAGAAUAUGAAGCAUAUAUAUUGGAGUUUGUUAUGAGAGAGAAUGUUUUAUGUACCCUAUCAUGAGUUUAGUUGAAUUUAUUUACAGUUUUAACCUGUGAAAUGUCAUUUCCUGAUAUAAAAUCAAACAAAUGUGUAUUUUUAAAAAAAUAUUCUCUUUGAUAAAAUGUUUUUUGACAUAUGUAAAGUAAUAUGUAAAGUAAUAUGGUUAAGAAAAAUCCUUAUAAUAUUAUUUUAAAUAUAUAAAGUUUCAUGUAGUAUACAUGUACAUGUACAAGAACGGACCCCUAGUGUGAAAUAGUCAUGAAUUGUUAGAAACCAUGAUUUGAUUUUGUAAAAAAUGGGCUUUAAAGUUGAACCCAUUAAAACUUACUGUAUUGUUUGUCAAAGCUUCAUAUGUGAGAGACCAUACAGUUGUAUUCUUCACAUGAUUUCAUUGGAUAUGUUUAUCAUUUCACCUGAGAAUAAUUUUCCUACAGAUAAAGUGCUUUAUACUGUAUAAUAUUUAGAUUUUCCUUCAUAUCUCAGAUGGUACAAUUUGUAGAUAGGAAAUCCUCACAUAUGUCUAGAGAUGUAGGCAGACACAUGCGUUUGAGUCAAGCUUCUGUGUUUUUAAAGCUUGUGAAUGUUUAUAUGUCAUGAAAAGAAAAUUUCUGUGAUACACUUACAUGUACAGAACAAAUAAAUAAACUUGUAAACCUCUCAAAA